GGAAGGCGUCUUGGGCUGGGCUCUGGGCCAAUCAUAUCACAGGAAGGGAGGAGGCGUGCUGAGCUCUAUAUAGCAGUGAGUGAGAUGCAAACAGAAGCAAGUGCAGAAGCCAGAAGCACAGACAUCAUCGCCAGUCUCAGCAGUCAGCAAUCAGCUUGGAGAAUAACCGACGUUACAAAAUGUUCUUUGCCUUGUUUUUGGUGAUUUUUGCCUGCAUUAGCAAGGAAGCAUGGAGCUGCAGGUGUGCCCUAAGGCACCCACAAAGUGCAUACUGUAACUCCGAUGUGGUCAUUCGGGCCAAGUUUGUUGGACAAACAUUACAUACAACCUCAGACGGUACCGCCACCUUGGUGAAGUAUGAAAUCAAAACCAUUAAGAUAUUCAAGGCACCUGCAGGAAUACAAGAUAUCCAGUUUUUGUACACUCCGCAGAUGGAUAGUCUGUGUGGUUACUCUCACCACUCCACCAAUAAAAGCGAGGAAUUUGCAGUCACUGGCUUCGUUAUGAAUGACAGAGUCCAUAUUAAUUUGUGUGGAUUUAUUACACCAUGGGCAUCACUUUCUCCUUAUCAGAAGAAAGGGUUUCAACAGCUCUACAAGGAGAACUGUCAAUGCCAGAUUAUCCCGUGUUACAGCGUCCCAUGUGAGACUGAAAACAACAAGCAGUGUUUGUGGACAGAUUUAGUAAUGAAGCAGAUUUUAAAGAAUAACGAGGGUCCUCAAAGCUCAAAACUUCUCUGUGUGGAAAAUAAUGACGGUUUCUGUGUCUGGGAGUCCAUGAAAUCACGUUUAUAUACUACAGUCUCUAAGUUAUCAAGAUCACAAUAAAUUGCCCCCCCCACUAUCUCAGCUCUGAUUUAACCUUUUCACGUACAAAUUCGGACCACCACCUAACCCUUUUGUUUGUGAUCCUGGGACUCACUGCUUUUAUUGAAGAUAUGUAAAACUGAAAUGAAAUCCUGUGGGGGAAACAGGAGUUAGCCUACCCUGUGACGUCCAACGUAAAUGCUGUAAAAUAUACAAUCUUCCUAGGCUAAAAGAGAAUGGUUUUAUAAAUAACCAUUUUUACCAUGGCUUAUUGCACAAUUAUAAUUUUUUUUUUAAUCUAGACUAUAUUUAAAACAAUUUGAUAGCCUACUGUAGCUCUACAUGAUAAACAUAGAAAUCACUGUGAACUCAUCCUUAAUUAUUUCCUUAAACACCAAAUUAAACAACAUUCUACAUGUAAAAUUAAUUCAUUCAACUACAUGGAGAACUGACUUUAUAAAAGUGAGGUCAAGGCACAUGCUAGAGGAGUGUACCCUUUCCUUAUAUCGCUCCAAACCAAUACCAGAAAUCUAGAGAAACUAUCAUCUGAAGAACCGUUUUAUCACGUGAUGAAUUAACAUCUUAGUUAUUGGAAUUAAAGGGACAAUUCAUUUUUAAAUAUGCAUUAGAUAUCAAUCACUGUAUUGAUAAAUGUAAUUAUCAAAAUGUUUAUUGUUUUGGAAUACUUCAUUUUUAUUCCCACUAUAGGGGAUGCCAUUUUGCGUUUCAUAUCCCUUUAAAGGGACAUAAAACACUAAAUACAUUUUAUAUGCAUCUUAUUCCCCAUCUCCUGCUAGUUAUGUGUGCUGCCAUGUUGAAAUUGACCUUUUAUUGUAUUCCAGUGCUGAUGUGUUUGCAAAUGUGCAGUAACUCUCCUUCAUAUACCUGCAAUGUAACCUAAGUUCCAAAAUGGCGGCACACAUAUUUAGAUGGAGGCGCAUGAAAUCUAUUUGGUGUUUCAUGUCCCUUUAAAUUCUCAAAGGCAGAUAGAUUUGUGGUUGCCUAGCACAUUCCUAAUUUAGAAAUCUGUAUACACUUUGCAUUGGAACCAAAAUGAAUCUGUACUGCACGACUUCCUAUUGUAUAGAGUUUUACUUUGGAUAAAAAUAAAGAUUUGAUUAUA